AUGGGCCAACAUGGCCAACACGACCGCGAACGAGUAGCAGCUGGUAGCAGACAGCCAUCUACUAAUGGUGGUGGCGGUGGGGAAGAUGGUGGGGGAUCUUCGGUCGAGAGGGAUGUCGAGAACAAGAUGGGAUGGAAAACUUUAGAGGCUAGAGCAUCGAGAGAAGAAGGGAGGGAAGUGGGAAGAGUUAUUCCUUGUGAUUUCAUCGGUAUUGUAAAAAGUCAGCAACCUAUUUACUUGAAAGGGGGAGCAGUGACUAACCAUGACGAGCUGAUGUCGAACUUUUUCACAGAGCCAGAUACUCUUGCUUAUGAGAAGGUAAGCCAUGUGAUGUUCCAAACUCGACAACAGUUGCUUGGUGAGAACGUCCCUAACCACCGUAUUCCUCACAAGACUUUUUCUGGCAACCAUCCAUCACUGAGUCUACUACUACCCUCAUUAAGUGCUUACAACAUUGGACAACUGUUAGCCAUAUAUGAGCACAGAAUUGCAGUUGAAGAUUUCAUAAGGGGGAUUAACUCUUUCGACCAAUGGGGUGUGGAGUUGGGCAAGUCACUGGCCACUCAAGUCAGGAAGCAACUCAACCUUUCUCGCACAAAAGGGGAGCCUGUUGUGGGUUUUAAUUUCAGUACCUCCACUUUGUUAACAAGAUACCUUGAGGCAGACUCUGGCGUACAAUCCAAUUCUACCAUGCUACCAAAAAUGUGA